AUGCAUUCCAUUCCUGUAGCUCAUGCUGAUAUUUCAAAUUCCAACAUUUUAGUAUAUCAUGUAGGAAACAGCUGCCAUAUCAAGUUUAUGGGUUUUGGUAUCAUCUGUAAUACUAUAGAGGAUAGAUUGAUCUACUACUCUCAAAAAUGCUGCAGUGUAUCCCAAAUUUACCGUCCAACUUUUGAAGAAAUUUUAAACUAUUUCAAAGUUGUUUAA